UCAGGCGGACACCAAGCACUCUCUUACGUAGCCAUCCACAGGGAUAGAACUAACAACAACAGAGUCUGAUCCGCUUAACAAAUUUACCUGCUUGGUCGCUGAACCAUGUCGUUGAGCCCAAAGCACACAACGCCUUUUUCAGUGACAGACAUUCUGAGUCCUAUCGAGGAGUCCUACAAGAAGUUUGCUGGUAUGGACAGUGCAGGGAAUCUCACCUCUCAUUUGGGAGCCUACCGACAGUCCCAAGUUUCUCAGACCAGCAUGCAGCAACACAGCAUGAGCCAUAAUGCUGCUGUGGCCACUACUUACCACAUGCCACACAGUGUGUCCCAGUUUUCACAUAGUGCCAUGGGGGGAUAUUGUAAUGGGACCAUUGGCAACAUGGGAGACCUCCCUUCAUAUCAAGAGACCAUGAGGAACAGCGCAGCUGCCACUGGCUGGUAUGGAACAAACGCAGACCCCAGAUACUCAACAAUUUCACGAUUUAUGGGACCUUCAACUGGUAUGAACAUGGCAGGUAUGGGAACAUUAACUGGUAUGGCUGAUGCUGCAAAGUCUAUGGCACCUCUUCAUGCUAUGCCCAGACGAAAGAGGAGGGUGCUAUUUUCUCAAGCACAAGUUUAUGAGCUGGAAAGGAGAUUCAAACAGCAGAAGUACCUUUCUGCACCUGAAAGGGAACAUCUGGCUAGUAUGAUCCACCUCACUCCAACUCAAGUCAAGAUCUGGUUUCAAAAUCACAGGUACAAGAUGAAAAGACAAGCAAAGGACAAAGCAACCCAACAACUUCAGCAAGAGAACACCAUGUGUCAGCAGCAGCAGUCGCCUCGACGAGUGGCAGUGCCCGUGCUGGUAAAAGAUGGGAAGCCUUGCCAGAAUUCCAGUACACCAACACCCAGCCAACAGACCUCCCAGCAACAAACAGGCAAUUCUAGUGUUCUACCUGCCUCUAGCAAUGCCCUAUCUCAGCAUCAAAGCCAGCAAGUGAAUACCUUAGCUCAGGGCCCAGAUCUAGAGGAGAUGUCGCCAAGCCCUCCUUCACUUCAUAACCCAGUAGCCACUAUGGUGCAAAUGGACACAUCUGCUGUAGACUACACCAGUGGCAUGGUCAACGCUAACCUGCUCUAUGGCAGGACUUGGUAACCAGUGGCAGACUUUAUUUCCUGGAUACAUCUUCAAGGAACUGUGCUGCACUGUUACACUGAGUUUGCAACAUUUUUAUACUUACCCACGGGGAUGUCUUCCUCAUGAAACACUGGCCCUCGACUGACAUUUAGUUCUUCAAACUGAAGUUCGGAGUGUUGCAAAAGUUGGAGUUGCUGAAACUGUGCACUGCAGCAACCGAUAUUCUGGAUGCAUACGGAUAGACAGGAUUGCAAAAGCGGCACUCCUUUAAAAUUAUUGUCUUCUUAUGUUCAGGUAUAAAACUGUCUGGAUGCUAUGUCUCAGUGUACUACAUGAAAUCUUUCAAUUCUCAUGUGAACUUAUAUGAGACUAUAGCAUAACUGUCAACUUCGGAAAUAUUUGACUGAGACAAAAAUCUACGACUUGUAUGACAUAUUGUUUCAAGAAGAUAAUAAGCAAAAUGUAAGACUUUCUUCUGGCUAAUUUAAACUCUAGAUGGAUGGUGUAUAUGUGUUUCAAACCAAUUGAACGUUAACAAUAAAUCACUUGAACUGCAA